CCCAAUUUGAGUGCCGCAGUCAAGAAGCAUGGUGGCGCGCGUUCUCCCGUCUCGUCGCAGCUCCAACAAGGAACCAAAGGAGUUUCUCCAAGACACCAUGGUCCGUACGUUGACGGCGCUCCAAAAGAAGGACGUAUUCGACUUGUUCUCGCAUCCCGUCGACACUCGCGCAGUACCAGACUACCUGGACAAAAUCUCCACGCCCAUGGACUUUUCCACCAUUCAAGAGAAACUCUCGCGCCGGGAGUAUGCGUCCUUCGACGAAUUCAAGAUCGACAUUGUCGUUGUGUUCAACAACGCGCAGAACUACAACAUGGAGCACACGGUGUACUUCCGCCAGGCGACCACACUCGCGCAGGUGGCCAACGUGCUGUUCCUGGACGCCGACAUGGCGUUGGCCGCACACAAGCGGCAGCACCGCGCUUCCUCAUCGACCUCCGCGGUGAAAUCGACAUAUCAAAUGGACCACCGCGACCAUGUGCGUCAUCAACAUGAUGAUGUGGAUGCUUCGACUACCCCGGACACGGAAAUGGAGAUGCAUCCACCAACGUUCGACCUCGGCAUCUUCGUUCCUCCUCCACCACCCGCAGAAUCGUCCGAACCCAUCCAUCAUCAAGACGACGACGACUACUUGGCCGACAGCGAAGACGAAGCGGAGGUCGUCGAAGAAGCGUUCCGUGACGUGUGUACACAGGACUUGGACGGGUACCACACGGACGACAGCUAUGUCUUUGAUGCGAUCAUCCAUGACCCCCACCCAGACACACCGCCACCGCCUAUGAUCCUUCCUCAGCAACAACCUGCUGAUCUACAUGAUGAGAACGUGUCCGACAUCGACUCGGAUGACGACUCGUCGCUCAGCGAUGGGAUUGAGUUCAUGCACGACUAUCAUGCUUCACCAGCUCCUCCUACCUUAUCGACUGGUCGUGUUGCUGUUCAUGUGACGACAGCACCGCCGACUCUCCCGCCGCCUUCCAACCUCGACAAGGAAAACGUCGUCUCAACCACAAAGGAGACCCGCCGUCAGGAUACGUCGUCGGCGUGGAUCCCUCGCAAGCGACUCGGCAUGGACAUGAACCACACCAUGUCGCAACCUGCAAAGCGUCCUGCUGCUUCCUCUUCCAAGAAGACACCGUACAAGAGCAUCUUUGGCCUGCCACAGCCGCCGCCUCGAGCGCGGCAAGCGCUCAUGGACACGUUCGUCGUGCAUCCUGCUGCAGAAUGACAAAGCUCGUUGUUUUGGCGCGCUUUUGAAACGACUAUUUAAUUUAAUAUCUUGUAAUUUGUAUCGAA